AAGUGACGCUCUCAGUCAGUGUGAGAGAAGCACCGCGCGCUUGCUGUCAGUUUUAAAGUGACGGAGAUGACCGAGGAGCGCGAGAGGUCACGCGCCGAGCCGCCGUGCAGUCCGUGCAGCUCCGCGGGUCAAGAGUCAGACUCCGACGCGCCGCUGUCGCCCGCUGGAUCUGAUGGACACGCGUCCGUCGUUAGGAAACCGGAGGACGCGGAUGCGCGAUUCCCGGCGUGUAUCAGGGACGCGGUGUCGCAGGUGCUUAAAGGUUAUGACUGGUCUCUCGUGCCCAUGCCAGCGCGAGGCGGGAGCGCGCUCAAGAGUAAACCGCACGUGAAGCGACCGAUGAACGCCUUUAUGGUUUGGGCUCAAGCCGCGCGCAGGAAACUGGCAGACCAAUAUCCUCACCUGCACAACGCCGAGCUGAGCAAAACCCUCGGCAAACUCUGGAGACUGUUGACAGAUAACGAAAAGAGACCGUUUGUGGAAGAAGCCGAGAGACUGAGAGUCCAGCACAAGAAAGAUCAUCCGGAUUAUAAAUACCAGCCGAGGCGGCGGAAAAGCAUCAAGCCGGGACAGAGCGAGUCUGAUGCUGGAUCUGAUCUCGCCCAUCACAUGUACAAAGCUGAACCUGGAAUAGGGCAUGUCGUGGGUUUAUCUGAUCACCACACGGGUCAGGGACCCCCAACGCCACCAACUACACCAAAAAUCGACCUUCAUGGAGGUAAGCAAGAUUUAAAGCACGAGAGAAGACGCCUGCUCGACAGCACUCGACAAAACAUUGACUUCAGCAACGUGGACAUUUCCGAGCUCAGCACAGAUGUCAUCGGCAACAUUGAAACCUUUGAUGUCCAUGAGUUUGACCAGUACUUGCCCCUUAACGGGCAUACCGGAGUCGCGUUGAGCUCAGAGCUCGGACACGGGCAGAACGUCGGCUCGGCAGGAGCUUACGGCCACGGCGCGAGCAACGGGGCGGCUUGGAGUCGCAAAGGGGCUGCGACCUCCUCCUCGUCGUCCGGUACGAGUGAAGCGGGACAGCACAGACCGCAUAUUAAAACCGAGCAGUUGAGCCCAAGUCACUUCGGUGAGCACUCGCCCUCGCGCUCCGAGUACGACACGUACGGCGCGCAGACGUGCAUCACGUCGAACACCCCCUCAUUCUCCAACACGCCGUGUGACUAUACAGAUCUUCAAAACUCCAACUACUACAGCCCUUAUUCCAGUUACCCUUCCAGCCUCUACCCGUACCCAUACUUCCAUUCCUCACGGAGACCCAUACUCAAUGGCUUUUCCAUCCCGCCCUCCCACAGCCCCACAGCCAACUGGGAUCAGCCGGUUUACACCACAUUAUCCAGGCCGUGAGGACUGUUUCUGACUUACUCUGUACUGAUGUAGGAGAGCGUUAGUUGAGAAGACGUUUAUGCCAACUGACACACAAAACAUGAGUGCCCGCUGACUUUUACAUGCUGUUUGAUCACAUUUCACCUUAAAGGAAUUUUCAUUUACAUUCUGAAUUUCAGUCCUGGAAAGAAAUGGAAGUUAAAAAAUCAUUAAAGUUAUGGAAAUGUAAUUUUUUUUCAACAUUGACCUAAAGGUUUACUGGGUUUUGAGGUCAAUCUCUAUAAAGCUUAUUGUAAAGUUUCUUGAAAAUUCAUCGAGUCAAAAGAUCCCAUGAUGAAUUAGUGCCUGUACAGUCGAGGGAAAUCCUCUCUGAAGAGCACCUGUCGCUGCUCUCCCGCGUCUCUGCACACAUGUGUUUUACUUAUGCAACACAAUUCAGUUGUAAAGGAAGAAACAGAAGCCUGUGCAACAUACAGAGACUGAAAAUAAUAAUAAUAAUAAUAAUAGUGAAAUGUUUCAGAAUAUUAAGAUAGCAUUUGCUUUAGCAAGCUAAAAACCUUUCUGUAAAUUUAGCCCAUACGAUAAAUUCCAUUGCUCAAAAUGAAAGAUCUAUUUAUAUUAUGAUUUUAAUACAGAAAAAAAAUGGUUUGACAGCAUACUAGUGGGUAAAAAUAUCAAUCACGUGUCCGUUCCAUAUUGUUUAAAAGCCUCUGAAAGACUUAAACUUAGUGUGAUUCAGCAGUUCUGUUCAUGGUACUGAGAGAAUUAAGAUCAGUCAUGGGGCCGCAGCUGCAGCAGGACAUCAUUUAACAUCGCCGGUGAUCACCAACUGUCUGAAAACAGUCAAUAUUAGUUUGAGCGCACAUAAACAUGUUUAAGCCUCUUCACCUUUUCACUGAGGACUUUAAUAAUUGCAGUUUUUAGCCUUUUCACAAGCUUAUUGUCUGGCGUUUAUUUCAUUUCUGCAUUCCUACAGCAUUUAGUUUUUAACACAGUGCUUCUAAAUGCUUUAUGUAAAACUUGUGUCAUGUUUAGUGUGUUAUUUUUUUAUAGAAACAUUUUGAUGGGUGUGACACGUAAACACACAAACAGUGUUUUAUUUACAUUUCAUUUUUUAAUGACUGCAGUGAAUCUUUCAUUUGUGUUAACAGAAACAUUCUUGCUAAUAUUAAUUGCUGGCAAUUUUUGUUAAAAAAUAAAGUUUUCCCUCCUGAAA